AUGUUCGAGUUCCUCAUCACCCUCCUCCUUGCCACCGCAAUCAUGAUCUCUCUCAUGGCCGUGGGUGUCGCGAUAACGAUGCCCUUCCAUGGUGCUCUGGUCCGACUGCGGGCCAACUACAAUCCCCACGCUGUGGGUCUUGAUGCGCAGACUCGUGUCGGACCGACCCUCACCACCCUUGUCGGGACCCUCAAACGAACGAAAAGGCUCGAAGGAUGGUGGGGAUUAUGGAAAGGCACCUAUCCCACCCUCGCCUAUACCACGCUCGUGUCUAUCGCAUCCAUCAUCUUCGUUGGCGGAUCGUCCACUCGAGGUCCCAAAAACACCUACAGCGUCCCUGAAGCCGGGGGAGUACGAUCCAUCAUAACACCGUACAAACUUCCCAACAACCCCACGACGUCUCUCCGAGUAUUACUCUCUCCACACGAACUCGCCAAACCCCACCUCCUCUACCUCACGCCUGGUCUCCUUGCUACCACGUUCAUCCACUCCCUGUGUGUCACCCUGAUAGCCCGAACCAUGCGAGUAUUCUUCCUAGGUGCCUCCGCUCCCGAGGACAUCUCCGAUAACAUCUCCCCGUGGCGAUGGUUGAUCUUCAUCCUCUGGCAAGCAUUUGCCACCGGCUGGCUCACACCUCUCGAAGUCGUCAGCACCCGACUGUCCGUCCAGCCCAACACGCCAGGUGCCGUCGCAACCGAAGAAGAAGAACAAGGCCUUCCCGAAGGAGUAUCAUUCUGUGGAACGGACGAAGACGUUAUUGGUCUUCGACCCACUACCGACCCCUACCUCGGCAUGGUCGACUGCGGAAGAAAGGUCAUCGAGGAGGAAGGGUGGCAAAGUCUGUACCGAGGGUUCUGGUGGACCAUGCUGAGUAACGUAUUUGGAGCUUUCGCGUGA